UGUAAAUUAAUUUUGAAGAAAUUAAAAUCAAUUCUUAGAUAAAAAAAAAUAAAUUCUAAAAUGUACUAAUUAAACAAAAGAUGUGGCUUCUUCAAAAAGAAGAUUGUUCAAAAUGAUGCUGAAAAAUAUCACUACUUCUUUAUUUCAAACUCAGGAAUUAUGUAUUUUGACUAGAAUUGGUUUAGGGUUAGGAGUGCUAUCAAUUAAUGUAAAACAGUAGAGGAUGUUGAAUAAAAACUUAUUAAAGAGGACUUUAAGCAAAUUGACCUAAAAAAGUAUUCUAUUAGUAGUACAAUAAGCAACCAUCAAUAUGGGGAUUAAGUUCCUUUUACUAAUAGACUAUGCUUUGAAAUAACAUGCGAAUAAUUACAAUAUUAACAACUAUAUAUUUUUGGUUUAUCAGAUGAUACUGACAUAAAUGAGCUAUACAAUUACUUUCGCGUUAUUGAAACCACAAAAAAAGACAAUUAAGAAAACUCUCCUAAUUAACAAGUAAAUCCUCCAGCUAAUACAGCUAAUUAAAUAGAAGUAGAAAAAGGUAACUAAAAGGUUUUAACCUUUUUCUCUUACAUUUUUCAGUAAUAUGAACAAAAAAUAGAUCAAGAUAAAGUAGAAAAAAAUAAUGAAGAAAGAUACCUAUAUGAUAUUAUAAAUUAAAUUGAUUCUUUUAAAAGCAAUAACAUUCCUGAAGACUAAUAAUAAUAAAUGCUUGAAUUAUCUGAUUAAGUUACAUAUUCUGGCUAAAUGGUCAAUGGAAUGCCCCAUGGUAUAGGUAAGGAAUUUAGUAAUGAUGGAAUAUAAUACGAAGGCUCAUACAGAUUAGGAAAACGUCAUGGCCCUGGCUAAUUUGUAGAUAGUAACCUCGAUAUGCAUUAAUAUGAAUAUAUUAUGGGCAGACCAGUCGGAAUUUGA